AUCGGAUCAGGAUGAUCAUCAAACAUAAAAAAUUUUUUUCAUUCCGCAGAUCUAAUAUGUUGAUUGUCUAACUAGACAUGCCUGCUUCAAAGUCUAUGAAAAUAAAGUCCGUUCGCUAUAAUGCAAUCUUAUCUCGUCCAAAUCUGGCUGAAAAGAAUAGUUUAUUUGAGAAACCACAAGCGAAAAGUGAAGAUGAAUCAAGUAUACGGAAACAAGAACUUAUAAUGAUGACAAGAGUCAUUGAAGAUGCAAUUAAACAAAAGAAAGAGGGUAAUAAGAGUCCCUUCUAUGAGCUGAUUCGUCAAAUAAACGAUAUUUCGAAUGUCAAUCCAAAUCCAAAAAAAUUAAGAUUAUGGUGUUUGGCUUUUUCUCGAAUUAUGCAUAAAUUCGAUGCUACUUGCUCAGAUCUUGUCUAUACUUUAUUGAAUUUUAAUUGGACAAAUCAUGAUAAUAACUUGGCCAUUGCGUACGUGAUGAUGUUAGCCAACUUGGUGGCAGUUUAUCCAUCUUGUACAGAAGCAAUGUUAGAAAUGUUGGUCCAAAAUUUUCUUUAUAAAGAAGACGAAGUGUCAAAAAUGGAAAAAAUACACGGCAAAGUACAUUAUGCGAUCAAAACUCUUCUUCCAAGUAUUCCACAAGAAGAAAAGGAUCUUUUUCAUGUACUAUAUAGGGAAUUUCCACAUAAACGAGAAUCUCUUGGAGCAUAUAUAGUGUAUGUAAAAAAUUUAUUACAAUUAAUAGAAUACACUCCGUCUUUACAACAUAAAAUCUUGACUUUAAUAUUUGAGCGAAUGAUUGAAUUAGACACUGAAGUUCAGGGACAAAUUGAUGAGAUCGAAGAUAUGGAGGAGGGUUUAAAUAAACUUAACAUAGACCUUCACACUUCUCAAGACGGAUCGACUGAUUUUUACAAGUCAAAACCUGAAGAGCCAGAUUUUGAAAUUUUUAAUGACACAAAUGCGGACAAUUCUGAUUCGGACAUUGAAGAUUCUGCACCUAUUGUCAUUGCUGUUGAUAUUGCAAAUGGAAUCCAAAAAUUAGAUUGUAUUAUCAAACUAGUGUUAGAUUAUCUUGAUUAUUCUCACAAAAAUGGAACUCGAGAACAACGAACGAAAUUAACUGAAACUAUUUUUACAAUAUUCAAGGAAAGUAUAUUAUAUACUAUCAAGUCACGAUAUAUUCAAUUCAUACCAUUUUGGUAUUUUUCAUUGGACAAAUUGUAUGCAAGUCGAUUCAUUAAGUUACUCCUUGAUAAAUUAAUUGAUGAUGAAGGAAAGGAAAUUACUAGAGAAGCUGCCGCACAGUACAUUGCAUCAUAUAUUGCUCGUGCUAAAUAUUUAGACGAUGAUGAUGUAAUGCAGUGCAUGCGAGCUUUGAUAGGGUGGGCAAAAAAUUAUGUUUCCGCUCAUAAAAAUCUCAUACAUGUUCGAGAUGAAUCGAAACACGAAAAGUUUUAUCGUAUUGUUCAAACGGUAAUGUACGUAUUUUGUUUUCGAUGGAGAGAUUUUCGUAAUACCACUUCAGGAAAUAAUAUUUGGAACGAGGAGAUUAAAGAAUUAAAAGAUAUCGUUGAAUCAGUAUUCUGCCCCUUAAAAUUUUGCGCUGAGAAUACAGUUAAAAUGUUCACAUUUAUUGCAAAAUCCAUAGGGUUUAUGACAUGUAAGGAAUAUAAAUGUACUAAAAUUAAGAACGAUUCUGUUUUGUCGAUGGGGGAGUACUUUCCAUUCGAUCCUUUCCGACUGAAGACUUCUCAAACUUAUUUGGAAGGGCUAUAUCAGGUUUGGGAAGAAAUCCCGGAAAAAUCAGAUGAGGAGGAAUAAUUGAAAGACACAAAAAAAAAAAAAAAA